AUGCACUCGGAUCAAUCCACUGGUGCGCCAGCGACUGCGACCCCCAUCACAGACUCCGAAAGUGCGACCGCACCGACGUCCAUGCCUACGACGACAGACGCCACCGCUGCUGUCGGGGCUGCGGCCGGUGUCGACUCCCGGAAGGACGACGCGACCUCCAUCGCGACAACGGCCCCUACCACCAACACAGAGCCUCAUGCAGCUAUUCCCCACAAUCAUGCGCCUUCAGCCGCGACAGAGUCUCCGUCUACAACUCAGCAUGCAGCCAAAUUUCCCCCGACGGCCGACAGCUCUUCUCUCACACCUUCGAGGCCUCCCGGUGCUUCCUUACCAAGCUCAGAACUUCAAUCACAACACCCAGACAACCGACCGACCACGCCCCAUAAUCAGACAGAUGUCACGAUGACUGAUGCACCCCAGGUUGGUUCAUCUCAGAUUGAUCCUGGGUCUCUCCCGCCACCUCCUCGGCCUGCAGCAGAAUCAAGUUCUGCUGCACAUACCGAGACAGCAAAUCCUUCCGACAUGGAUAUCGAGCAUGGCGACACGCAUCCGAAGACCCAGGCCAUCACAGCAACUACUCAGGAGAGUGUGCCGAACAAUGCACCACAGACUGAAGCUACCGUGCCCUGGACCCCGAAUCCAACGGCAAACUUGCCUCCAUCGACUCCGACAAACGCCUAUAAAGAACACAGAAAUUCCUAUAGCGAGACAUUCAAUCAUCAUGCCGCCCUUAUGAUGGCUUUGGCCACAAUGCACACUGACCGGAAUAUGAUGCCUCACCAGCAGCUUGAGCAGACCGUGACACCCUCUCAGGUCACUCUCCCACCCCCAUUAGAGGUCGGCCCUCUCCAGGAAAGGAACGGGAUGUCGGUCCAAGAUAGAUUGAACAAUUCCGACCGCCAUCUCGAGUCGUUCGCUCGGAUUGAGUUUGCGGACAGUGUUUUCCAAAUGACCACAUACGAAGUCGUGAUCGGCCGCGAUCAACGUGCUCUCAACCAGGCUCGCCGGGACGAGAAGCGCUCCAACGAGUAUAAACAAAAGGCAGAGAACAACGCCCGUUUAGGUCUCUCUCCCCCACCACCCAUAACCCAUGACCGUAGCAAAUUUAGUAAAUCAUACGUCAGCGAGGAAGGAGGUAUGCUUGGCCCCGAGUCGGAUAGCGACGGAGAUUUGAGACCACCUAAAAGACGAAAAACAAGCACUGGAGGAGGUUCGUCCCACGACAACGAAGAGUCUCAAGAGAACAUCAUAUCAAACCGCCAGUACGUUUCGCACACUCCCGGUGCCGCAGCCGUGGACUUGGCCUCAUUACGGCCCAGUCCGCAUCACGUUCCCUUUAUCGGGAUCCACUCUCCAGGACCCGACAUCGCCAGCAAAACGAAGGCCAUUUCUCGAGAACAUCUCAAGAUAACGUAUAAUCAAAAAGAGGGUGUAUUCGAGGCUGUUCCGCUGCAUAAGAAUGGUUUCUUUUGCGAAGAGGUCCAUCAUAGAAGCGAGAAGGUUAUCCUAAAAUGUGGUGAUCGACUACAGAUCAAAGAUGUUGAUUUCAGGUUCAUCAUCAAUGGUGUGGAGAGGGGGCGCACGGGUGCAGAAGAGUUCGCCGACGAAAAACCUACAACGAAGAAGCAUUCUCAGGGUGGAAAGGAAAUGAGUUUCGACUUUGAACAAUCGCAAGAUAACGAGCGGAUGCAGGACACGAGUGACGAGCUGUCCGACGUCGAAGUCAGCCCGCCUGAGCUCUCAGACGGUGAUGAAGUGGAGGAGGAGGAAGAGGAAGAGGAGACAGCAGAGCUUGAGGUUGGCGAAGAAACUGCAGAACCUGAGGAAGUGGCACCAGAAGCGACGCCGACAACCUCGCAGCCUUUGCCGACCACCGAGACCGACUUGCUCUUACCACAAAUACCCAGGAAACGAGGACCUGGUCGCCCACCGAAGAACGGCAUCAUGUCCAAGCGGGAACAACGCCUCCUUAAAAAGCAGCAGCAAGAACUCGCCAAGAAGACAGUCCCGCAGAUGCCCGCCAUAGAACCGCCCAUCAAACGCAAGGUUGGACGCCCUAGGAAACAUCCUCUGCCAGAUGACGCCGGUGACCGCCCUGAAAAGCGCAAAUACAAACCACGGAAACCCAAGAAUGAGGAUGGGGUGGAAGGAUCUGAUGUUGAGCGGCCUCUUAAGGAGAAGAAGGAAAAGAAGGUACGACCGAAGUCGCCACCUCUGGAGCUCAAGAUUGAGGACUACACACCGGAAGAGCUUCAGAAGCCGAAUAAGAACUACGGCGUUCUCAUCGACGAGACCCUUUCGGCAGCACCUGACGGACUCACUUUGAAGCAAAUCUAUAAACGUAUUUGCCAACGAUAUCCAUGGUUCUAUUUCCACACAGAGACAAAGGGAUGGGAGAGUAGUGUUCGUCAUAACCUUAUCGGGAACGAUGCCUUUAGGAAAGACGACACGACCAAUGUCUGGCUUCGGGUUCCUGGUGUUGAGCUGGAUGCAGGCAAGAAGCGUAAAGCUACAUCGCCUGAUCGCAAUCUGGCUGCCCAAAACUAUGGUGCAUACUCGUAUCCAUACAACGCUGCUCAUCAUAUGGUUCCUGGCGCUCCAGGCUAUAACCCUGGGCAAGCCGCUCAAGGCUUCCAAGUUGCAAAUUAUAAUGCGCAGCAGCAGCAACACCAGCUCCAGCAGCAGCAACCAGGUCAGGCUCCAAGGCCUGCUCAACAACAAUUCGGUUCAGGUCCACUCGCAGCUGGCCAACCUGCCCAACCCACUGCCUCGCAGCCUCCUGCACCCGCCCAGGUACCAGGAUACGGACCACAAGCUACAGCUCCAGCUCGACCCCAGGUUGGAGCGGCUCAACAGGCCGGAGCCUAUAGUUCUCCGUAUGCUUCAAGGCCACCACCCCCGGCAAAUCUUCCUAUCAAAACAGAGGAUGGCGGCUCCACGACAACCAUGUCCGCUACUCAGCAAACACCUGUGCCGAAAGUUAAUCCUGUGCAGGCUCAACGGGCCAGCACGACACCAGGUGUGUCGCCGGCCGUGCCCCAACAACCCCAACAGCAGCAGCAGCCGGUACCACAAGCAAGCCGACCCGCCGCAACGAGUCCUCCUGCGGCGCCGCCCAAACCAAUCAUCGACCCCCGUCUGCUCAAUGCCGUGGUCAACUUGAAGAAUGGUUUGAUUGAGAAUCUCAAAAGGGCCCGUAACCCUCACGCGGAAACUGUUGUAUAUUCUGCCAUCAACCGCUGUGCCGGUCUCAAGACUGAGGGGGGGGAGAAUGAUAAUGUCGAACGCAUCUGCAUCAAAGGCAUCCGUCAGGUGGUUGACGGAUUCCUCUCCAAACAUCGAAGCCCUACUCCAGGCGGGAGCUCUACUCAGGGCACCACUGAAGCCUCAGGAAUGCUGGACCCUCAUGCCCUGAAGACCCUUCUAGGAUUUAAGAAUGUGUCCUGCAGCACUCUCCAAACCAGUCUUGGCGCUGCUCAAGCAGAAGCAGUAACACUGUCUGCAAUCGAUCGUGUCCUUGGCCUCGCUGAUGUGAGCCUGGUCCGCGAUAACGAAAGGUUAACGUCUUUGGAAACAAGCCUGAUGCAGACAACCCGGCAACUUCUCGCCACACUCGAGAAGACCAGGGUUCAGGGCCUCACGUCUUCAAAAUAA